GAACCCUAAUCUCAAGAGCCCUAGGUUGAGGAGGCGAUGGCGGCAGGGCAGCCAGGUGCUGGGGCGGGGCAACCUUCCUCGUCCGCCACUCCAGCGGCGAUGAUCCAGCAGCUCCAGCAAGGGCAGCAACAGCAGCAGCAGCAGAGCCAGCAUUUGGCCGCGCAGAUGCAAAUGGCGAUGGCGGCGGCGGCGGCGGGUCGCAAUGGCGGGAUGCUCAACAGCGCCGCCGGCCCCCUCCAGCAGCAGCUCCUCAAGCAGCGCCUCGCGGUGGGAGGCGUGGGGGGAGGAGGGGGCGUCCAGGGCAGCGCCGGUGGGAUGAUCAAACCCCAGCCACACCAGAUCCAUCAAAUGCAGAUGAUCCAGAUGCAAAUGCUCCAACAGCAGCAGCAGCAGCAGAGAUUGGCGGCGGCGGCAACGGCGGCAGCGGCGAUCAAGAGCGGCGAAGCCAAUCCCGCCGCUAGGCGCAAGAGGAGGAAGAUCGGCGAUAGGCAAAUCCCCGAUAGAGUUGGAGCUCUCCUCCCCGAGUCGGCGCUCUACUCGCAGCUGCUGGAGUUCGAGGGCCGGGUGGACGCGGCGCUGGCCCGGAAGAAGCUCGAGAUCCAGGAGAGCGUCCAGAAUCCACCGCGCUACCAGCGAACGCUACGCAUGUACGUCUUCAAUACGUAUGCGAACCAGGUAAACAACCACGACCCACACAUGGGAUACAACCCGGGCGAGCCACCCUCGUGGACGCUCCGGAUCAUGGGCAGGAUCGUCGGGGACGAUGGCGAGACCGAGAGCGCCGCCGCCAAGAGCUUGCCAUUCCCAAAGUUCUCCUCCUUCUUCAAGAGGAUCACCGUCCAGCUCGACCCGGCAAUGUAUCCCGAGAACUCCACCAUCGUCUGGGAUGCGUCGAGGAGCACCGGCAACAACAGUGGCGGGAUCAUCUCCAGCAAUGGCAGCGGCGGUGGCGGCGGCAGCGCUCCCGUGGAGGGAUUCGAGAUCAAGAGGAAAGGCGACAAGGAGCUGACCGCGAUCAUCCGGCUUGACAUGAAGUAUACUCCGGAGAGGUACAAGCUCUCACCGCCGCUGGCGGAGCUCUUGGGUGUGGAGGUCGAGACGCGAGCUCGGAUCAUCGCGGCUUUCUGGCACUACAUCAAAGGGAAGAAGCUCCAGAACCCGAGCGAUCCCACCGUCGUCAACUGCGACUUGCCACUCCAGAGAAUCCUGGGCGAGGACCGCGUCAAGUUCACGUCCAUCUUGAACCGGCUCCACCAGCAUCUCUCGGCUCCACAACCCAUCCAGCUGGAGCACAAGAUCAAGCUGAGCGGCAAGAACCCCGCCGGGAACGCGUGCUACGACAUCGUGGUGGACGUGGUGACGCCGCUGCAAAAGGAUAUGGCGAUGUUCUUGGCCAACAUGGAGAGGCACAGGGACAUCGAGGCCUACGACGAGCUCAUCUGCAGCUCCAUCCGCAAGAUCAACGAGCACCGCAAGAGGAGAGCCUUCUUUCUCGGGUUUAGCAACUCGCCGGUGGAGUUCAUCAAUGGUCUCAUCGCUUCGCAGAGCCGGGACCUCAAGAUCAUCAAUGGCCAGGCCAGCCGGAACGCGGAGAAGGAGCGUCGAUCGGAUUUCUACUGCCAACCAUGGGUGGAGGACGCAGUGAUCAGGUACUUGAAUCGAAGAACAGCCAGGGUGGCGGAAGCUGCGGCCAAUGCGGCACCAGCGGCGGUGGCGUUGGCGACAGCGAAUUCUUCCGUGACUCCCAGCUAAAGCUUAGCUUGAUUCGAGAAAGAACAAAGGGAGGGGAAACUACUAUAUCGCUACGAAGAACACUUGUACAAUUUUUAAUCAAUUUGAAGAACCCUAAUUCCUUGCUGC